AAUGAGGCUGGUUUUCUGGCAUUGGUUUUUGGUAUUCUUCAUGUUAGUUUCGUCAUCGUGGAGUUUGAGUUCAGAUGGCCUAGCUCUUCUUGCUCUGUCCAAAAAGCUCAUACUGCCGAGUUCCAUGAGCUCCAACUGGAGUGCUUCUAAUGCAACUCCUUGUAAAUGGAACGGAGUUGGUUGCAAUGAAAGGAACAGAGUGAUUUCUCUUAGCCUAUCGUCAUUGGGAGUUUCAGGUUCACUAGGUCCUGAAAUAGGGCUUCUAAAGUACCUACAAGUCCUCAGUUUAUCUGCUAACAACAUAUCUUGUUCGAUACCUCCGGAAUUGGGCAACUGCAGUAUGCUUGAACAAUUGGAUCUGUCCCAAAAUUUCCUUUCUGGAAAAAUACCAGCAUCAAUUGGCAACCUCAAGAAAUUGUCAUCGCUAUCACUGUACUACAACUCUCUUAGUGGAACUAUACCAGAGGAGUUGUUCAAGAACCAGUUUCUAGAAGAAGUGUACCUCCAUUACAAUCAACUCAGUGGUUCGAUCCCCUUCUCGGUUGGUCAAAUGACAAGCCUUAGGUCCUUGUGGUUGCAUGGGAAUAUGUUGACUGGAGUUUUGCCCGGUUCAAUCGGCAACUGCACCAAAUUGGAGGAGGUCUAUCUACUCUAUAAUCAACUAAACGGCAGUCUUCCAGAAACCUUGGGUAAUAUCAAAGGCCUCAGGAUUUUUGAUGCCACUAGCAAUAGCUUCACAGGCGAGAUCUCUUUCAGUUUUGAGAACUGCAAGUUGGAAAUAUUCAUCUUGUCAUUCAAUAAUAUAAAGGGUGAAAUCCCAUCAUGGCUGAGGAAUUGCAGGAGCUUGACACAACUUGCGCUUGUCAACAAUAGUCUGUCUGGCCAUAUUCCAAGUUCUCUCGGUUUACUGAGCAACCUCACUUAUCUUUUACUUUCUCAGAACUCCCUGUCUGGGCCAAUCCCUCCUGAGAUUGGUAACUGUCGGUCACUGUUGUGGCUAGAGUUGGAUGCAAAUCAGUUCGAGGGCAGUGUUCCUAAACAGUUGGCAAAUUUAAGUAACUUGACGAAGCUCUUUCUGUUCGAAAAUCGACUAAUGGGAGAGUUCCCUGAGAAUAUUUGGGGUAUCCAAACCCUUGAGAGCGUCCUUAUUUAUAGUAACAGUUUCACGGGGAAGCUACCUUCAGUGUUAGCUGAGCUGAAGUUCCUCCAGAACAUUACAUUAUUUGAUAAUUUCUUCACUGGAGUCAUACCACCGAAGCUGGGUGUUAAUAGCCGCUUGGUUCAGAUUGAUUUCACAAAUAACAGUUUUGUUGGUGAAAUCCCGCCAAACAUUUGUUCAGGAAAAACAUUGAGAAUUUUGGGCAUGGGGUUUAAUCAUCUCAACGGUAGCAUCCCAUCCAAUGUUGCGGACUGCCCAAGUUUGGAGCGAGUCAUCCUCCAAAACAAUAAUCUCGAUGGGCCUAUUCCGCAAUUUAGAAACUGUGCAAAUCUAAGCUACAUAGAUCUGAGUCACAAUUCCUUGAGUGGUAACAUUCCAGCAAGCUUUGGCAGGUUUGUCAAUAUUACUGAUAUUAACUGGUCAGAGAACAAGCUUUUAGGUGGAAUACCACCUGAAAUUGGAAAUUUGGUGAAUCUAGGAAGACUUAACCUCUCACACAACAGCUUACACGGUCCGGUCCCUGUGCAGAUUUCCAAUUGCUCCAAGUUGUAUUCGCUUGAUUUGAGUUUUAACUCUUUGAAUGGUUCGGUACUCAGUACAGUAGGCAACCUGAAGUUUCUUUCACGGCUACGGUUGCAGGAGAAUAAAUUCAGCGGAGGCUUGUCUGAUUCUCUCUCACGCUUGGAUAUGCUUAUUGAGCUGCAACUUGGUGGCAAUAUUCUUGGGGGUAGUAUCCCUUCAUCUUUUGGAAGGUUGCUAAAACUGGGCAUUGCCUUGAAUCUUAGUAGCAAUGGUCUAGUGGGUGAUAUUCCACCACAAUUGGGUAAUUUGGGAGAGCUGCAAAGUUUAGAUUUGUCACUUAAUAAUCUUACCGGAGGUAUUGAGAAAUUGGGGAGUCUACAGUGUUUGCAUGCCUUGAAUGUUUCCUACAACCAAUUUAUUGGACCAGUGCCAGAUAAUCUUCUAAAGUUUCUGAAGUCCACACCAAGCUCCUUUAAUGGAAAUCCAGGCCUCUGUAUCUUGUGCAGUGCCGGUGAUUCUUCUUGCAAGGGAGAUAAUGUCUUGAAACCUUGCGGAGCAUCGUGAAUAAGAAUGGUGCAUGGCCGAUUCAGGAUUGCUCAUAGUUCUCGGUUCAUUGUUUGUUGGAGCAGUUGUGGUACUUAUAAUCAGCUGCAUCCUUCUGAGGUAUCGAGAUCUGAAGAAAAACCUUAUGGGGGAAAUCCCAGCAUGGCUUGGGAGACACAGCUUGCGCUGUCAAAAAUAGUCUCCGGUCAAAUUCUAACUUCUAUCGGCUUACUGAGCAACCUUAUCAUUUACUUUUACUUAUUUUUGAUUAUCAAUAACUUUUAAAAUAUUCGGUUUGAAAACAUGAAAAAUCAUACGUGUAGAUUUGUCUUGAAAAAUACUUUUAUAUUGUCAUAAUGUCA